AUGGUCAAGUCAUCUGACAUCCUCCUCAUCCUAGUGGCUAUUCUUUUCCCACCGGCUGCCGCUGCCUUCAUCACCGGCUGCUCGUGUGACCUUCUCAUCAACAUUCUCCUGACCAUCCUGGGCUAUCUACCAGGACACCUUCACGCCUUCUGGCUCAUCUACAAAAAGAUGCAAGCCGAAGAGCGCUACGGCUACGCAGGGUUCCGCUACGUCGGUGGAGGCAAGUACGAGGCCGCUCCUGGCGUGCAACCUCAGGCUGCUCCACCUACAUAUGGAGCUAUCAACCACCAGUAG